GACGCAAUGGCCAAAAGAGGGGAAGACCCUGACGCACCAGAACCCAGAGCCGCGGACUUUGUGUUGGUUCUGGUCCCCUUCUACACUAGAGACCACUAACCUCAUCUGGGUAACCGGCUUCUGGUCUGCAUGGGCUGCUGCUCCACUCUAUCUGCAGCAGGCAAGCCAUUAUGCCUCUAAUCAGAGCAGUAUUUUAAGCUUACUCUCCAAGCAACAUCUCUGCAAAAGCAAGCUGGUGAGAGACGCCUGCUCUGGACCCCAAAGAGUCUGGAGUCCUUCCCAGCGAAUUGUCUCUCACCCUGCGGAGGACGCCAGCUCAAUUACUGGAGAAAGAGGUUGGUCCUUGCCACCGCCCUCCCCUCCUGUCUUCAGUAGGAGCGGAGAAGAGGAGAUCCGCUCCAGUGCGCACGGGAGUGACCAAGUACAGCUGCCUACUAGGGCAGCGACCUGGACGCGGGUCCUUUCCUCCUCCCGCGGCUACACCCGCCCUGUGCGCCUUGAACACAGCGCUGGACCAUCCCGGCAGGGCUCCGGGGUGACAUCACUCCUGAAGAUACUCGCACUCUGGUCCUUGUCUUUACAAAGCCUCUAUCCGUGUCUCUGUGGGUCUCGGGAGAGGGCUCCGGGCUUCGGAAAGAGAGCAGGACACUGAGCAGCAACUGACGGGAGGAAGCAAAAGAGCAGAGUCCAGCGAAGGAGUACCCGAGCUGGCGGCGACAUGAAAUUCAACGCCGCACACUACCUGCUGCCCCUGCUGCCUGCACUCGUCCUCAGCACCAGACAGGACUAUGAAGAGCUAGAGAAGCAGCUGAAGGAAGUCUUUAAGGAGCGUAGCACAGUCCUGAGGCAGCUGACAAAGACAUCCAGACAACUGGAUGGGAUCAAAGUCAACCUUCAGUCUUUGAAAAAUGAUGAGCAAUCUUCCAAAACCGAUGUUCAGAAGCUUCUGGAGUUAGGCCAGAAACAAAGGGAGGAAAUGAAGUCUCUCCAGGAAGCCCUGCAGAAUCAGCUUAAAGAGACAUCUGAGAAAGCAGAGAAGCAUCAGGCCACAAUUAAUUUUUUGAAGACUGAAGUGGAAAGAAAGAGCAAAAUGAUCCGUGACUUACAGAAUGAGAAUAAAAGUUUGAAAAACAAAUUAUUGUCAGGAAGCAAGCUGUGUGGGAUUCACGCAGAAGAGUCUAAAAAAAUCCAAGCCCAGCUGAAAGAGCUCCGUUAUGGGAAGAAAGAUUUGUUAUUUAAGGCCCAACAGCUCACUGAACUGGAACAAAAGCUAGCAGUAGCCAAAAAUGAACUUGAGAAAGCAGCUCUUGACAGGGAAUCACAGAUGAAAGCAAUGAAAGAGACAGUACAACUCUGCUUGUCAUCAGUUUUCCGUGAUCAGCCUCCUCCUUUGAGUCUCAUGCCAUCAAAUCCAACCCAGAUGUUACAUCCACCCAGGACUGUUGCUUCCAGGAUUCCAGAAGCCAGGACAAAAAGCAAGUCACAACCAAGUUCUCCAGGACAUCAUGACAGCUCUCAAGUUCAGGCAACAAAAGAAGAGAGUAGGAGAUCCUCUGUGUGUGGUCCUCAAGAUGAGGGUAGUUCCUGUUUGGUGAAGCACGAGGAGGGUCCCCAAAGUAACAGCACUGCAGAAUCAGAGCUCACAACACAGAAAUUACAAAUGCCUAUUUGUUCUGAGUGUGAGGAGAAAAAAGGCCCAGAAAAACCAUCAGCCAGUUUCGAUGGGACUCCAGCUAGAGAAGAAAAGCUACUGUAAACAGGAGGUGUGGGAUCCAGAGCUUCUCUGUCAUCGACAUGUUUCUAGAGUACAGGCUUGCGGGGAACACCACGUUUCUAAAGCAUGCAACUUUUACAAAACUUUAUGUAACUUUAUAAUGUGGACUACACAAUUUGCAAAAGAUUCCAAGCUGACUAUGAACCUUAGCAAUAAUCUAAUCAAAUGGAUUUCUUCACCCAUGCGUAUCUAACUGUCUUCUUUAAAAUUACCCAAUAUAAAUUGAUCUGUUUUCAGCUAAAACACAGCUGCAACAUUUUUUGGUCUUUGUGUGGAUAUUUAGUACUUCUAAGAUCUAGUUGGUACCAUCAACUGGAAGAUGAUCAACUAUGAGUCCUGGUGAUUUUAAAAUUGCAAACAUAUGAAGGUUUGGUCCACAGUGACAAACUAGUGUCAUUUCUUCCAAAGUUGGAAUUUGCAGGCCAGAAUACAUUAUUUUAGAUAUUUAUUGCUUGGCUCAUUACAUUAACUUAAUAACCAUUUGAUAUAAAUUAUGACCAGUAAAUUUGGUUAAUGAUAAGUUAGUUACCGGAGAGCAUUAGUUAGAUUUAAUAAUAUGAUAUACAUACAAGGUUUUUCAUUUUUAGAAUGAAUGACAGCUAUCUUUCAUAGCAUCUUUUAAAUUUUAAAACAUUCUUUGUGCAUAUUCACUAAUGUUGUUUCAAGAUGUGAAUCAAGCUGUCUGAAGUGCCAGUUUUAUUUUUUUCUGAUGUUAGUUGAUAAAAUGUACAAUGGUAAAAUUUUUAAAAUAUUAACAUAUAAAGUGUCCAUAGAUACUUUAGAAUGGACAUUUGAUUAAGGCAAGAUGACAUGGAAUAAUUUUUUAAAAGCAAUGAUGUUUUAGCUUUGAAGAUAGGAUUUUAUAUGAGAAUAUCACAGAUCAAAAGAUCCAGACUGUGGCAUAAUUAUAGUAUAUAAUUCCUAAUCAAGAAAGAUGGACAUAAAAUGAUAAUAUAUUCAAACACCACUUGGCAGAUAAAAACUGACCAACGGAUGAAGUCAGGAAGUCCACAUUCACUGAGUACAUCCACUUCUCUUGGUUAAACACUUUCAAAGUACAGGGGAAAAAAAAAGAUUAAAACCACUGGCUGUAUAGAAUUACUCUGCCAUACCCCAAUUAACACCUUUAGAGAACGUAUCCCAGAAUAAACAAGUUUAAAGAAAUCAGUUGGACUUAAUUUCUAGAAUCCAAUGCCAUGUAUGUGGUACACUCAAAGAAGCUUAUUGAACUCUAGAAUUAGAUAAAGCUGAUGGCAGAGAAAAGAAGACCACUGCAUUAAUUCUACAUGCAGGGUAGUUUUGUGGGGUUUGUCAGCAUUGUCACUCUUAAAAGGAUAGAUGAAACUGGAAACAUCCCAGAUGCCCCUCAGCCGAAGAAUGGAUACAGAAAAUGUGGUUCAUUUCUUCAAUGGACUACUACUCAGCUAUUGAAAGCUAACAUUCCUUAACUCCAGGUCAAAAGGAUCCAAUGGCCCCUUGUAACUUCUAUGGGCACCCAGAACUCACUUAGUGCACAGAAAUACAUGUGGAAAGAACACCUGUGUACAUUUUAAUAUAUCUGUGGUCACAUUUAAAAAAAAGGGGGGGGAAGAAUUCAUACAUUUUUUUCGAUGAACUGACCAAGAUAAAAUAUAAGAUCAGGAGACAAAUUCUGUACUCACAUCUCCAGUUCAGUAUCACUCCACCUCCAGUUUCAUAUAAUACUAAAUUCUCUUAAUAGAAUAAUACAUCUAUACUUUUCUAUUUCUUUUUCUUUUGAAGCAAAACCUUUUUUGGAGUAAAAAAAAAAAUGUAUGUGUCAAGUUCGGCUCAAAAUUAAUACAAAGUGAAGUAUGACCUUAAGCUCUUUACCCUCCUUCCUCUAUUUCCCAAGGGAUGAGAGUUUCAGCCACUCACCAUCACUACAGUACUGAAAAGUACCAGUUCAGUUUUCAUUUAAGAUUACCUUUCCACUCUUAUCUAGGGCAUUGAUUUCCUGCCUCAUCCCUGUGGAUCCCGCAGGAUACUAGUCACUUGUUCUUCACAUGGCUGGUUGUGAAUAUCUGUGACUCCAUGUAGGAAUGACUGGAUAAGGAGUUCCAAGUUCAAGCAACCUUGUUUUCUAGUUUUCUGUUUUGCCUUUGCUUUGACUUCCUGUUCUAGAAUGUGGUGGUAUAAUCACUUUGCUUUUCUCAACUCUUGGAAUGAUAAAAUCGGUUUUAAUCAAUAGGGUAAAAUUUCCUCCUAAAAUAUAUGCAUUCUUGUGUAUCUACAGGUUUUCUCUAGGUUGUUUGUCAUAGCAUUUACUACCUAUUAUUGAAAGAGACACUGUAAGAGCAGGAGGUUUUAUUCUAACCACCUUUAAGGAACAUUACAAAAGUUCAUUUAGUAGUCUGAUAGGGUUAUGUUAAUAUGAUUUGAGGUAUUUCUUUAAUUAAUGUGUUUUGUCUCUCUUGGCCCUUGCCUUCCUUUGAGAAUGGAAUUGAAAUAUUUAAAUUAUUUUCCUUACCUGUUUUCUAUUUUUCUUAACUACCAGCUUUACACUAGACAUCAUUUGAAGAAUUAAUAUUCAAUCACUGACCAUUCUGACCUGGAAAGAAUAUUAUCAAAUAUAUUUAUAAUACAUGGUGUGAUUCUGUUGCAAUGUUAAGUGAAGAAAUAAAACUUGGAGUUUACACACAGCCCAUUGAUUGCUGUUGAGGAUUUCCCCAUGUUUUCUAGUGAAAUAACAUAUUUAAUAUGUCCUUCCAGAACAGAGAACAAAUUUCUCUAUUUUAUAAUAUUAUAAUAUAAUAACAACUCAAUUUAAAGUGUGAAUUGAAGACAAUGUACUCAUUUGUAAAUUAGCAAACUUUUGAACUCUGUCUUUUCUUUUAUGUACAUAAACUGUCAAUAAACUAGUGCCUCAGACCUGUGAGCCCUAAUGAGCACUGGCUGUGUCUGUCGAUUGGGUCAUACACAGAAGAAGAUGGUUCAGGCAUUCAUCUGGAUAAAAAUUUCUUCAAAUAUCUAAAUGUAGAAAAUACCAGUGGCUGACAUUGUUUUUGUCCUUAAGCAGCUAAUUAGCGUAGCUUGCAGUUUUACUCACAAUUUUGUUUCAUACAAACACACUGAAUUACUAACUCAAUACAGCUGAGGUAUGGGGCAGGGGUUGUUUUGUUUUUGCUUGUUUUGUUUUUGUGGUCUUUUGUUUGUUUGUUUGGGGGUUUGUGGAACAGACAUUUGCUGUUUUAGGUGGACAAGGUGUAAAACUGGACUGAAAUUAAAUUUGUGAAUUUGCUAUAAGUAAAUCCUUUAUUUUUAUAGCUCAGGUAUUAUAAUUAUCACUAAUUGCAGCACAGGAGGUGGAAAUAAAAAUUGGGCCCAUGCAAUAGGGCGAGUCAUGAACACGAUGGUUUUUUACAUAGGCAACUAUACUGGCAAAUGUUCACAUCUCCAAGCUGUGUGUUCAUCUGGAUUGUGUCACAUGAUGGUCAAGUAUUGAAAACUCAAAAGUGCUGAAAGUGGCCUAUUCUUCUUCAAUAAAACAAUUUGUUACAAA